GAGGAAGGGGAGGAGGAGGAGGAGGCGAAGGCCGGGUGCGGGGGGAUUUAAGGGCUCGCGGUCCCCCCGGCCCGGCCUCCUCCCGCCGCCCAGAGGGACGUGGGUGUAGCGACCCAAGUUAGUGCGGGUCCGAGUGUGACAGCCCCAUCCCCGCUCUCUUCUGGCAGCACCCGCUCAGCACCGCAGGAUGAAGGCUCUGUUCAUCCUCCUCCUCGCCCAGCUCUGCUCGGCAUCGCUGGUCCCAGAGAGGGAGAAGGACCCCGAGUACUGGCGGCGGCAGGCGCAGGAGACCCUGCGGAACGCGCUGCGGCUCCAGCGCCUCAACCAGAACGUGGCCAAGAACCUCAUCCUCUUCCUGGGGGACGGAAUGGGAGUCUCCACGGUCACGGCCGCCCGCAUCCUCAAAGGGCAGCUGCACGGGCAGGGCGAGGAGAGCCUGCUGGAGAUGGACAAGUUCCCCUUCGUGGCCCUGGCCAAGACCUACAACACCAACGCCCAGGUGCCCGACAGCGCGGGCACGGCCACCGCCUACCUGUGCGGUGUCAAAGCCAACGAGGGGACGCUGGGGGUCAGCGCCGGUGUCACCCGGGACCGCUGCAACACCACCAAGGGCCAGGAGGUGACCUCCAUCCUCCGCUGGGCCAAGGAGGCAGGCAAGGCCGUGGGCAUCGUUACCACCACGCGCGUGACCCACGCCACGCCCAGCGCUGCCUACGCCCACUCUGCCAACCGCGACUGGUACUCGGAUGGAGAGAUGCCCCCGGACGCCCUGGAGGGGGGCUGCAAGGACAUCGCCCGGCAGCUGGUGGAGAACAUCCCUGACAUCGAGGUGAUCCUGGGUGGAGGACGGAAAUAUAUGUACCCCAAAAAUGUCAGUGAUGUGGAAUAUCCCCGGGAGGAGAAGCAGCGGGGCACCCGCCUGGACGGCAGGAACCUCGUCCAGGCGUGGCGGGAGGCCAAGCCCCGUGGCAAGGUUGCUGAGUACGUGUGGCACCGGCGAGGGCUGCUGGCACUCAACCUCAGCCGUGUCGACUUCCUGCUGGGCCUCUUCGAGCCAGGGGACAUGAUGUACGAGCUGGACAGGAACAACGACACAGACCCGUCCCUCAGCGAGAUGGUGUCCGUGGCCAUCAGGAUGCUCCAGAAAAACCCCCGAGGGUUCUUUCUCCUGGUUGAAGGCGGCCGCAUCGACCACGGGCACCACGAGGGGAAGGCAAAGCAGGCGCUGCACGAGGCAGUGGAGCUGGACAGGGCCAUCGGGCUGGCCACGCGCCUCACGUCCACCCAGGACACGCUCAGCGUCGUCACCGCCGACCACUCGCACGUCUUCACCUUUGGUGGCUACACCCCCCGCGGGAACCCCAUCUUUGGUCUGGCCCCGAUGCAGAGUGACGUGGACCGCAAACCCUUCACCUCCAUCCUCUACGGCAACGGCCCCGGAUAUAAAAUCGUGGCGGGCGAGCGAGAAAACGUCUCUGCCGUGGAUUUCGCACACGCCGACUACCAGGCGCAGUCGGCCGUGCCGCUGCGGCAGGAGACCCACGGCGGCGAGGACGUGGCCGUGUUCGCCCGCGGGCCCAUGGCCCACCUGCUGCACGGGGUGCACGAGCAGAACUACAUCCCCCACGCCAUGGCCUACGCCGCCUGCAUCGGCUCCAACCGAGGCCACUGCAACGCCGCCGCCCGCCCCGCCACCCCCCUGCUCCUGCCCUUCCUCGGCCUCCUCCUCCUCCUCCUCUGCUAAAGUGCCUCUUGCAAAUCACCGAGGGGGAUUUAUUUUUAAUUCAUCCCCCCUUUUUAUUUUUCUGUGGACAGCAGCGCCCGGGAAAGAGGAGAGAGAGAACAGAGAGACUCAGCGGAGCAAAAGCAGCCGCCGGUGGUUUGGUGCUGGGAGCUGCCUCUGUAAAUACAUGGUUCCUUCCCUAUAAUUAGCAGCGUUCCCUGGCCUAUCCCAAACCCACCGCGGGAUUUGGGAUGGCAGCCGGAGCCUCGGCGGAUAAAACCCCCUCUUUGAGCGAAACGCGAUGGGGCUGGGUCCCAAAAUGCCUUUGUGGUCCCUUGGCUGAGGACUGACCCUGGUGCCCAACUCGUCACAUGCAUGAGGGAGCCAGGGACCACACGAAGAUGGGAAAAAAAAUUAACUCAUCGGGUUAAUUUGUCCCUAAACUUGGGUUUUGUUGUCUCCUCAGUGAUUUACUUUGUUUUAAAAUUCUUCAGGUUAAAGCAA